CUAGGUUGUCAGCUACGACAGUUUGAGUAGAAGGACGUAAAUUGCAUAGAUAAUCAACGAGGAAGGUGGAAUUAAUCACUCUACAGAACCAGUUAACAAGUAAUAAUGGUGAAGCCGAGGCGGCAUUAUAAAAGGAGAAAUACUGAUCAAAAUCGAGAUCAUAAAAAGCGCAAAAAAGACAUUAUACCACCACCAACCACAAAACAGUCGAAAAAAAUAAAACUAAAGCCAAGUGAUAUAUACCAGAAAGAAAUUAAAGAAUACAAAAGCAUCGAAAACAAAUCGUGGACUCCAAAUAGCACCAUUCUCAUCUAUGCUGCCAAAAAUGAUAAGCGUGAAGACCUUGAAUACUUACAGUCUGCAGGAAAAUUGGAAGGUGCCGUAAAUACUCUUCUCGAAAAAGCACUGCUCCAUGGUCAUGAAGAACUGGGGAAGUGGUUCCUUCACAUUGGAGCAAAUUUAGAAAACAUGUCCAAGCGUGUCUCGUUACUGCAUUUUGCUGCUAGCAAUGGAUAUUCGGAUUUCCUAAAAGCGUUAUUAGAAAAACACUCUCUAGACACCAAUGCUACAGAUGAAUAUCACGAAACGGCCUUGCACUUGGCAAUAAGAAAUGGUAAUCCCGAAAUUUGUAGAUUGCUCUUACAUUCUGGUGCCAGAACGGAUAUCCCUGAUCGAGACGGUUUGCAACCAUUGCAUCGUGCAGCCCAGGUCAAAAACAUCGCUCAAAUGAUUGAUAUUUUGUUGGAAUUCAAAGCUGAUAUAGAGGCUAUCGAUGAGCACAGUAAACGUCCAUUGGAAUACGCGUUCGAGAGAUCUAUUAACAAACAUGCUGCUGUAUGUCAUCUGAUCAAACAAGGUGCAAAAGUAGGGAAAACGUUUGUAUCGCAGGGGUCAUUCUUCGGUAAAAAUGCAGUCCAGGUAGGACAUAGGCUUGGAAUGACAACAACUAUUUUGCGUGCAGUGCGAUAUAGGAAUUCUGAAGUAAACAAAAAGGAUUUGUCUGUUCUUGACUGUGUGAACUUGAAUGGAGAUAUCGGAUCACUCGUCGAUCUACUGAAGGAGGACGGAAAUAUCAUGAGUUUGUGUGACCUUAACACAGAUGACACUACCAAACGACUGCUAAGUUAUAUUGAGUUUACAGGGAGUCAUCGUCUUUACCAAUGCAUGAAAGAAAGAGGUCUUUUAGUGGCCAAAACUCCACCGUAUGCUCGUAAACGAGACAAUAUCAACACACUGACGGAAUUGCUUCGAGAUAGUAAUAUACUGACGAAUGAUGUAAGAGAAACGGCUAUCCUAUCGCAUGAAAAAAGACCAUUAGGAGAGCAGAUGAUGGUUCUUCACUUUGAAGCAGUGAAUGAUGUGGAAUUCAUUUUAACAAGGGGAAAGUGCGGUUCAGCAAACACACUGAUGAAAGACGCUAAUUCAGCAGAACUGGUUGUUGUCGUAUCUCCGUCCAAAGACGAACAGUCUAUUCAGAAAGUAGUUGCUCUUGCUGCACAACAUCAUGUACAUCGAGCUCGUGGUGUCUUUAAGAAGGACUCUCUAACAUUCACACACAUCCAAACAAGCGAUUUCCUGACAGAUUCCAAUUUUCUACACGGAAUUCGGUCGGAUCUCCAAUAUUCAGUACUUGAUUCUGAGAACAAAACUGUUAACCUCCCGGAAAAGAAACUCAAACUAACCAGGAGGAAGUCACCCUACGAUCUGCAUUCCCUGCAUCAUCAUGUUCUUCACAACAAGGUCGAUGAGUUAAAGAAAAUGCUACACAACGGUAAGACAAUUGACGUAAAUGUCAAGGAUGAAGCAGGAUGGACAGCAUUAAAUCUUGCAAUUCUCUUGGGGAAAAAACAAAUGGUUGAAAUGCUUCUUGACCGCGGAGCUAUUGUAACAUUGGAUAUGGCACAAUAUCUACCAGCUUGUGUCUGUGGAGAUUGGGACAGAAAUGCCGUUGUGGAAUUAUCACCCCUUAUUCUUUCGGUGCGCCUCAACCUCACCCGAAUUCUACAGCUGCUGAUUGAAAAGAACUCUGGUCAUCCGUCCAUUGAUUUCUGUAUUAAACUCUCAUACGGAUUGAAAGUGGAAUCAGUGUUGUUGGAAUCCGUUUGUAAAACAGCUGAACGAAAGCAUCAGGCUAUAGGCGCCGCUCGAUUUAAGCCCACCUACACAGCCCGUAUGAGUCGACCCAUUCAAAGGGUUUGCCUUGGAUUUUCGGACGAUGUGAGUUACAAAGAAGAGAAAGGUGAUAUUCAUGGCGUGCAUAUUGCUAUUAUGAACAAAAACAUUUCCCCAGAGAGUGACUGGACAGAAGACACCGAAAUGACAGAAGACGAAGAAGUCGUUUCCAAGGCUAUCAUUGACUUAUGGGCUGACUAUCUUUGGGAGCAACAUUCUAAUUUGAAUGCAAUCACUGCUGGUAGCUUAGUUAGGAUAAAAUGCGAAGAAAUGAAACGCAAGGGACACAUCAUUUUACACUGUUCGCACAAGGAAUACAUUCCGCUUGAAAGCGAACGAUUCCCAACCGAAUUGACAUGUGAAAAAGGAGCAAUGCCUGUUGCGGUGCUUGAGGGAGAAUUCAGACUAGCGCCUACAACCAAUCCGCUGGCUUCUGGUUCUAUUAGCAGUAGAGAGAAGGCUGCAGCAGAAAAAGAUGAACCAGAUCAAUCCGAUAACGACAUCAGGUCUAAUACAACACAAGAUGUUGAUCGGAAUCGAAAACAUGAAACGCACAAAUACGACAUUAUACUACGUCCAACCACAAAACAGGAGAUAAAAACAAAUCCAAAGCCAAGUGAUAUAUACCAGAAAACAAUUGAAGAAUACAAAAAAAUCGAAAACAAAUCGUGGACUCCAAAUAACACCAUUCUCAUCUAUGCUACCAAAAAUGAUAAGCGUGAAGACCUUGAAUACUUACAGUCUGCAGGAAAAUUGGAAGGUGCCGUAAAUACUCUUCUCAAAAAAGCACUGCUCCAUGGUCAUGAAGAACUGGGGAAGUGGUUCCUUCACAUUGGAGCAAAUUUAGAAAACAUGUCCAAGCAUGUCCCGUUACUGCAUUUUGCUGCUAGCAAUGGAUAUUCGGAUUUCCUAAAAGCAUUAUUAGAAAAAGACUCUCUAGACGCCAAUGCUACAGAUGAAUAUCACGAAACGACCCUGCACUUGGCAAUAAGAAAUGGCAAUCCCGAAAUUUGUAGAUUGCUCUUAAAUUCUGGUGCAAGGACGGAUAUUCCUGAUCGAGACGGUUUGCAACCAUUGCAUCGUGCAGCCCAGGUCAACAACAUCGCUCAAAUGAUUGAUAUUUUGUUGGAAUUCAACGCCGAUAUAGAGGCUAUCGAUGAGCACAGUAAACGUCCAUUGGAAUACGCGUUCGAGAGAUCUAUUAACAAACAUGCUGCUGUAUGUCAUCUGAUCAAACAAGGUGCAAAAGUAGGGAAAACGUUUGUAUCGCAGGGGUCAUUCUUCGGUAAAAAUGCAGUCCAGGUAGGACAUAGGCUUGGAAUGACAACAGCUAUUUUGCGUGCAGUGCGAUAUAGGAGUUCUGAAGUAAACAAAAAGGAUUUGUUUGUUCUUGACUGUGUGAACUUGACUGGAGAUAUCGGAUCACUGGUCGAUCUACUGAAAGAGGACGGGAAUAUCAUGAGUUUGUGUGACCUUAACACAGAUGACACUACCAAACGAUUGUUAAGUUAUGUUGAACUGACAGGGAGUCAUCGUCUUUAUCAAUGCAUGAAAGAAAGAGGUCUUUUAGUGGCAAAAACACCAACAUGUGCACGUAAGCGAGACAAUAUCGACACACUGACGGAAUUGCUUCGAGAUAGUAAUAUACUGACGGAUGAUGUAAGAGAUACGCCUAUCCUAUCGCAUGAACAAAGACAAUUAGGAGAGCAGAUGAUGGUUCUUCACUUUGAAGCAGUGAAUGAUGAGGAAUUCAUUUUAACAAGGGGAAAGUGCGGUUCACCAAACACACUGAUGAAAGACGCUCAUUCAGCAGAACUGGUUGUUGUCGUAUCUCCGUCUAAAGACGAACAGUCUAUUCAGAAAGUGGUUGCUCUUGCUGCACAACAUCAUGUACAUCGAGCUCGUGGUGUUUUUGAGAAGGACUCUCUAACAUUCAAGCACAUCCAAACAAGCGAUUUCCUGGCAGAUUCCAAUUUUCUACACGGAAUUCGGUCGGAUCUUCAACAUUCAGUACUUGUUUCUGAGAACAAAACUGUUAACCUCCUGGAAAAGAAACUCAAACUAACCAGGAGGAAGUCAGCCUACGAUUGUUAUUCCCUGCAUCAUCAUGUUCUUUAUAACGAGAUCGAUGAGUUGAGGACAAUACUACACAGCGAUACGACAAUUGACGUAAACGUCAAGGAUGAAGCAGGGUGGACAACAUUAAAUCUUGCAAUUCUCUUGGGAGAAAAGCAAAUGGUUGAAAUGCUGCUUGACUGCGGAGCUACUUCAACAUUGGAUAUGGCACAAUAUCUUCCAGCUUUUGUCUGUGGAAAUUGGGACAGAAAUGUGGAAUUAUCAUCUCUAAUUCUAGCUGUGCGUCUCAAUCUAACAGAUAUUGUAGAGUUACUAAGUGAAAGGAACCCAAAGCACCCGCACAUGGACAUCUGUAUAAAACUCUCAUACGGAUUGAAAGUGGAGUCAGUGUUGCUGGGAUCCGUUUGCAAAACAGCUGAACGAAAGUAUCAGGAUAUCGGUGCCCGAUUUAAGCCAACCUACACAGUCCAUAUGAGUCAACCUAUUCAAAGGGUUUGCCUCGGAUUUUCGGACGAUGUGUGUGACAAAGAGGAGAAAGGUGAUAUUCAUGGAGUACAAAUUGCUAUCAUGAACAAGGAAAUUUCACCCGAAAGCGUCUGGACAGAAGACACUGAAAUGACAGAACAUGAUGAAGUCGUUUCCAACGCAAUCAUUGACUUAUGGGCUGACUAUCUUUGGGACCAACAUUCUAAUUUGAAUGCCAUCACUGCUGGUAGCAUAGUUGAAUUGAAGUACCCGAGAAAGAAACCCGUUGGACACAUCAUUUUACACUGCUCACAUAAAGGGUACAUUCCGCUUGAGAGCAAUAUUUUCCCGACUGAAUUGACAUGUCAGAACGGAGCAAUGCCUGUUGCUGUACUUGAGGGAGAAUUCCAAUUAGGUCCUUACAGUAAACCAUCGGUCUCCAGCUCUAUCUGGGGAUAUCCGAUAAGAAUAUCGGAACAUAUUCUGUUGAAAAUAGGAAUGGAGUUGUGCAUAUCGGAUAAUGUGAAUAGAUUAGCAAAUGAAGGAACAUUGGGAAUUUUCGUUGACAUGGGCAAUCAUAAAACAGGAUUUAUAACUUGUGCUCACCUGUUACACACGACUGACAUUAAAAACGGAAAGCAUCCAAUAUAUUUCCCACAACAAAGACACAGCGCUGAGGCGUGUGCACAACCAGAUCAUUCUGGAGAUGUAUCAAGACAGGAAGAAGACAUGGAUGUCGAUGAUGAACCUGUCGAUGAAUAUAACUGGACUAUAACAAACGCUAUCCCAUGGGAAUGUGGAAAGGUAGUUCGGGCUGUAUUUGACACUACACUAGAAACUGGCAUCGAUGCUGCACUUAUUGAGAUCGAUCCUCUGAGAGUGCCACUUGAUGGAUCGUUCGAUUCGAUCAAAGACAUCCAUCUCAAACAUGCUGCAUUCAACUGGAGACAUCCACCGACAUUUACUUCAGGGAAACAAGCAGAUACGGAAUACCUUAAUUUGAUGGCUUCUUCAGAACGGCCAAUUAGAUGCAUGAAGGUCGGCGUUAGUUCCGGCCUGACUGUUGGUUUUCUGACAUGUAAACAUGGCCAGGUCAAGAUGUCCGAUUCCGAUCCUCUUGGGAUAGAAAAGGCUUCUCCUCAUGAAUAUAUACUCAAAAACCAGUUCGUCAUUACCGGAUCCCGACGUAAGCAAUUUUUUGAGCCCGGUGACUCUGGAUCAGCAGUUUUUGUCAUGAAGGGAGGCAGAGGACAGUAUUAUCCAGAUGCUUGUCUAGGAAUCGCGAUUGGGUUUGUCGACAACAACAGAACUUUUGUUACUCCUAUUGGAAACAUUCUCGAGACAUUGAAGUCUGAAGAUUCAUCUCCACUCACACUAAAAACUUUUGAGUAAGAAUUCAAAUAUUCCGGUGUAGUGUUUUAGACUGUAUGCAUGAUUAAUUAUGCUACGUUAACGUUAUUGCAUAACGUAAUUCUUGUAGCAUAAGGCAAAUGAUGCAAAAUGUUAUUCGAGAUCUAAUUCACCUAAAUCUGUUGUCGAGGUUUUUUUUAGUUUUUUGUUUGUUUUUGUUUUAGAAAUAGACCCAAGUUAGUUCCGAAAUGUUGGCCUGUUUUUUAUUUCACAUAUCACUUACACUGGUCGUUUUGGUGCUUGAAUUACAAGGAAAGAAAAACAACGCGUUUUGAUGAUGCAUCUAAAAUCCAAUAGAAAACAUGCCACGUGUAAGUACGUGGUACGAACUCAUCAAAACAUUGUGUCCAGCACACAGUAAAGCACGCAAAUUACUAUUUUCAAAAUUUUUGACAUACAGUUUUUAAGAUGGUUUUGUUGAACUUUUAUAACGUCAAACUACAAUUAACACAUUCCCACAAUUAUGUAUCUUGCAUUAAAAUAACAAUCCAUUUUAAAAAGUAUUUAAGCAUUAUGAUACUGGAUUUACAAAAUAUCAAAGUUAUCAUGAAGUUAAUAUUAUUACUUACCGUUAUUAUGCUAGUCAAAUGCUACUAAUUCACGUUUUUGUCUGUAUUUUGUAUCUUAAUAAGACUGAUCUAUGUUGAUAAUUAUUAUAUGUGUUUUCAUAUACAAAAUGAAUGUAUUUUUCUGUGUAUUGCUGUUCACAGUCAAACGAUGGGUGCCAAUUUGGGUCUUCUGGUUGGGCUUCAAAUUCGUAGUCGGUCCAAUCUUAACAAGUAGGUCAGGGUGACCCAGUUUUAUAACUGCUACUUAUGUUAAUGAUAAACUUCAUUUUGUAUCUAAACAUAGAAGAACAAUUCAUUUAUCAUGUAAUUUUCAGAAAUAUUUUGCAAACCAUAGAAACAAAAUUAAAAAGCAACUGUAGGAAUGAAAAAGUAGGUGAUUUGAGGAAGGUGUACUUUUUGACAUCUUAAAGUCCAACAACUGCUGAGUUAGAGCUGUCCAUACUGCAAUAUUAAAGGAUUAAAAUAUAUUGCAAGCAGGAUUGUUUGAAAUCAAAUUAUGCAUAUGGAAUUAUCUUAAACCUGUGUAGUACUGAUGGACAUUUUGGUUAACAUAACUGAUGUAAUGCUAUUCCUUGUGACAUACCAUUAGUGAUUAUUUUGUUAGUGACAAUGCGGUUUGUGAUGUGCACUGUGCCUCAUAAUCCAAUUAUUAGAUAUUAUUUGCAACACAGUCACGAUGUUUCACAAAAUCUGAGAUGUUAGUGUACUUUCUUGAUUUGAUAUUUGAUUGUGAUCAGUGUUGUUUUACAAGUACAGUUUGAUUUAGAUAAAUACGGGCAGUGACGUGCGCUUGUUGUAAAACUAAAUGUGUAGAUAUGAAGUUAGACUGAGUUGCCCUAUGAAAACAGACAAAAUUUUGUCAUUCUUUACAGCAAACAUCAAACAGCAAAAAUGAAACCUAAGUUUAGAUGAGUCAGUCGAUGUGUAAAAAAUUAGACUUAGACAUAUCUAAACUCAAUCAAGCAUCAUAUUAUAUCAUAUUGUUGUUUUAAAAUUGUGUUUAUUAUCAAUUUUAAUUGACACACAAUACUUUUCUCUCUCUUGGUUAUACUUAUUAUACCUCCUUUAUAUAUAAAAUGUCUUUUUCAUGGGAUGAAAUUGAUCGUGCAUCAGGCUGACAAAAACACGGUAUCGUCUGCUCUUGAGUGAGUUGCCCCAUCGUGUUGUCGUUAUUCGGACCCUCUGUUACACGCCGAAAAAGUUAUUAGUCUUUUUCGAGUUCUAAGUGCAACAAGAAGGCAACAACUAUGGCGGCGUGUUUAUUUCGAUAUGAAUAACACGUCCUUAACAUUCUUAGAAAGCAACAAGGUCAACUUCAGUAUGUAAAAUAUUCCAGAAUAAUAAACAAUAUCGAAUUUGAACAAUUUUAACAAAUUAUGUUGCUCAAAUACUCAUUGUAUGAUCAGUUUCAAAUGUUUUUGUGAUAAAUCUGAUAUGUGAAUUAAUAUGUUUUCAUUGAGUUUAAAGAAUUUCGGAAAGAAUUCAUUUGAUAUAUAUAUUUUUUGAUAUUAGUUCUUUUAAACCACUACUUCAUGAUUCAAGCGAGUUAAGAAAAAUGGGUUGAGCACUGAUUCCUUUCCUGAGAAUGAGAAUGGUUUGAUGAUGCUUUGGCCGAUAAUAACAUAAUUUUUCUAUGCUCGAUUUCUAUGUAAAAUGGUAUCUUGGCGUUUAUAGCGCUAUAUAGAUUGGAACGUAAUAAUUUAAUCACAUGUAACGUUUAUUUAAUGCCAUGUACAUGUAGUUGUAACCGAUAUUGAAAUAAAAUGAUUAUAUCAUAAAUGUAGGUACAAUUUUUGGAGAUCAGAAAACAAAUUGUAUAGCAAUAAUGUUAUUUAGUGUUGAUAUCGCUAUCAAGAUUGGUAUUAUAUGUUUGUACCGUUUUGGAGAUAUCUGAACAAAAUCUGAAUCCAUGUUUGAUGUUGCGAACCGAUAAUAAAAUCACGUGUUUGUUCCAAGAAGGAAAUCAGAAAAUGAUGUUUUACAAACAGGAUGUUGCGUGUUGAUAAUUUUAAUUUCAAAUAUUUUUUCUGUGUAAUAAUUUUAAUUUUUUUUCACAAUUUUAUUGGCUUAAAUUGUGACAUGGGAUUCCACAUAAAAAGUAUACUGACCAGCUGUGCAAAAAAAGGUUGUAAGAAAAACUGGUUGUCCAGGUAUUUUUUAAAAUAUUAUCUGAAUUACUUCCCCUUGGUAUUGGCUAACAAUGAAUUUUAACAAGAAGUAACACGUGGAAUGCUACUAUAUCAUUCAUAGUAUAAUAAAUGCACUAUGUAUAGAUGUACUGUCUUAAAAGUGUGUUAUUUAAUAGUAAUGUUUAAAUAUUGAAUUAUGUUUGAAUGCAUAUAAGUAUCUGCAACUGACAUUAAAACAGCGCAAUUGUAAGUUUAUAUUUCGCCUUUGAUGAGAAAAUAAAAUACAUGACCAUAUGA